AUGGCCCCAAAGAGCCAGAUCACGCCGGGUCGAAACCUGGCAUUCCUUUGUUUAUCAACCUCCAUCCCACUCCCUCCUUCGUCCAACAUCGAUGAACAAACAACAACGCGAUCCAUGAUCCUCCUCCCUUCUGGUCCUGACCUUGCGAAGUCCAUAGACAUCGCAUCCAUUGAUUUCGGGGCCUUGGAGUUCUCUUUCAGGAUACCCAACACAGUCUACUUCCGCACGUCACAACUCAUCUUCCAGUACUCGGAGCAUCUGAACCAACCUGGAAACGAGCCCAAGACACUACAAGCGCUGGUUGCUAAGUUUCUUGCUUUCGUUGCCGAUGGCGGUCUUAAGAGAACGCGGAACCCGGCUGAUAUUGAGCUCCUCACCAUCGUCCUGGUAGCUUUUGAGCAGAAAUUCCUGGUCGAAGACAAUAUCCACUGCCUAGCCAACUCAGAGGACGGAUCCUCCCAGGACGAGGAGGUCAUUGGAUGUUAUUACAAAGCUUGCGCGCACUUAGAUCGUAAGCCCGAUUUUAAGAAGCCGGCUUUACUACGAGCAGCAGAGGACGGCACUGCUUCUAUCUACACUGUUUUCGGCGGCCAGGGUAAUACUACGUCGUAUUUCGAAGAUAUCCGAAGUUUGCAUGCGACUUACACGCCCUUGAUUGCCGAGUUUCUCAUAUCUUCCGCGGAGCAGCUUGUAUAUUUAUCACGGGAUAAAAGAUGCCGGAAGAAUUUCUCUGGAGAUCUCGAUAUCUUGAAGUGGCUCCGCGUUCCUAGUACGACUCCUAAACCCGAAGUUCUCAUCAGCGCCCCGUACAGCUUCCCUUUGAUUGGCUUGUUACAACUGUUAAACUAUAUUGUCACCUGCAAGGUUAUGGGCGAGACGCCAUGUACCUUCAGAAGACAUCUGAGCGGGACAACUGGUCAUUCCCAGGGCAUUGUCGCUGCCGUGGUGACAGCUGCAGCAGAUUCCUGGGAAUCUUUCGAUUCAAUAGCUCGGUCCGCAAUUACCCUCCUAUUCUGGAUCGGUGUCCGCAGUCAGCAGGCUUACCCCCAGACGGUGUUAUCACCGGCCACGAUCAAGGACUCGGUGGAUCAUGGCGAGGGGGUCCCUACUCCUAUGCUGAGCGUUCGUGAUCUGCCGCAGUCACAACUGAUGAAAUAUAUCGACAAGACGAACACCUACUUCCCAACAACCGAGAGGGUCGAGAUCGCCCUUAUUAACAACGCGCAGAAUUUCGUUGUCACGGGCCCGCCGCUAUCACUACAUGGGCUCAAUGUGCGACUUCGCCAGAUCAAAGCCGCGCCUGACGCCGAUCAAGCGCGGAUCCCGUUUUCAAAACGGAAACCUACUUUCUCAUAUUCCUUCCUACCAAUUACUGCUCCAUUCCAUAGUAGAUACCUUUCCUCAGCCACUGCUGCGAUUCUCAAUGAUGUCAAGGACCUAGAGAUUAUGGGUAGAAGUUUGCGGAUAUCAGUAUACCACCCUGCCUCCGGUGAGGAUUUGAGUCGAUAUGACAGCAACCUUGUCCCUGAAAUGGUUCGCAUGAUCACGGAAGAGGUAAUUGAUUGGCCGGCUGCCACGAAGUUCAGAAAUGCAACUCACAUCAUCGAUUUUGGACCGGGUGGUGCGUCAGGAAUAGGGAUGUUAACGAAUCGCAACAAAGAAGGCCGUGGAGCACGGGUUAUCCUAGCUGACAGGCCUGAUGGCGUGAGCAGAGCUGUAGGAUAUAGGCCUGAACUUUUCACCCAGAAAAAAGAUGGGAUCCGAUAUGGAAGCAACUGGGCCAAAGAUUUUGGUCCGCGCCUUAUCCGAACCCCCUCUGGAACUGUAGUAGAGACCAAGCUGAGCAGAGUCCUGGGCUUGCCUCCGCUCAUUAUUGGCGGAAUGACGCCUACGACAGUUCCAUGGGAUGUUGUUGCGGCUGCUAUGAAUGCUGGCUACCAUAUUGAACUAGCAGCCGGUGGCUACCACUCUGCUGAUGCUCUAGAGAAUGCUAUUCUACAGCUCGAGACUGCGAUCCCAGUGGGUCGCGGGAUCACGGUCAACGUUAUCUACGCCAGCCCGCAGGCAAUUGCCUGGCAGAUUCCUCUCCUCGCGAGGCUGCGGUCAGAAGGUGUGCCCAUCGAUGGGCUAACUGUUGGCGCUGGAGUCCCCUCCCCAGAAAUUGCGCAGAGCUAUAUCGAGACAAUUGGUUUGAGACAUAUUUCGUUCAAGCCAGGAUCUGCUGCCGCAAUCGAAGCCGUCAUUAGUAUAGCCAAAGCGAAUCCUGGAUUCCCCAUCAUUCUACAAUGGACCGGUGGGCGAGCUGGAGGCCACCACUCCUUCGAGGACUUCCACCAGCCUAUCUUAGGGACAUACGAGAAGAUUAGGAAAUGCCCAAACUUGAUCCUAGUUGCUGGCAGUGGAUUUGGAGGAGCCCACGAUACGUACCCUUACUUGAAUGGCGAGUGGUCGCUCCAAUACGGCUACCCACGAAUGCCAUUUGAUGGUUGUCUAUUUGGGAGUAGGAUUAUGGUCUCAAAGGAAGCGCAUACAAGUCCUGACGCGAAGCUUGCCAUUGUCAAUACUCCAGGUCUUCCAAAUAGCGAGUGGGAGAAAACCUACAAGGGUCCGGAAGGGGCUGGAGGAGUUGUCACCGUUAUUUCGGAGAUGGGCGAACCGAUCCACAUGCUUGCUACUCGUGGCGCCAAGUUUUGGUCUGAGAUGGACCAGAAGGUUUUCAAGCUUCCACCUACUCAGCGGUUAGAAGUCCUGAAGAAGGAGCAGAAGAGUAUCGUAAAGAGACUCAACGAAGAUUUUCAGAAGGUCUGGUUUGGUAGAGAUUCAGAGGGGCAUCCAGUUGAGUUAGAUGAUAUGACUUAUAUGGAAGUCUUGAACCGGCUUGUCCAGCUACUAUAUGUCCAGAGAAGGGGAAACUGGGAAUGGAUCGACAAAUCUCACGAAAAGCUUACCUAUGACUUCAUCCGUCGCAUACAGGAACGCUUUGAAACCCGAAGAGAUCGGUCGAACAUCGCCAAGGUAGCAAUCCAAGACCCUCACAACGCGGCCGACCUUUGCUCGAAAGCCUAUCCCUCCAUUCGGGAUCAAUUGAUGUCACCUCAAGAUGUCAGCUAUUUUCUACAGCUCUGCCAACGCCGGGGUCAAAAGCCCGUUCCUUUUAUUCCUGUUCUUGAUGACAACUUCCAAGUCUACUUUAAGAAGGACUCGCUUUGGCAGUCAGAAGAUCUAGAAGCUGUUGUUGAUCGGGAUGUCGGAAGGACUUGUAUCCUGCAUGGCCCUGUGGCGGCAAAACACUCUGUCCGGGUGGAUGAAACUAUCAAGGAUAUCAUGGAUGGGAUCAACCAAAGUCAUAUUCUGAAUCUAAUUGCUGAUUCAUAUGGCGGAACUAUUUGCUCGAUUCCGGGCAUUUCUUUUCCAUGGACCAGGCUAGGCAAUAAAGCCUCCACCAUGGAUGCACUUGCUAACAUUGACACGUGGAUGGUCAGUGAGACGGAGGAGAAACAUAUAUAUCGCGUUCCACUCUCUGAGGAAUCUCCCCUGCCUUCAACAGAGUCCUGGCUUCAUCUCCUUGCUGGCUCAAGACGUAGCUGGCGAGAAGUCCUCUUCCUUUCGGACGUCGUCAUGCGGGGGCACCGAUACCAGCGCAAUCCCAUCAAGGACAUAUUCGUCCCUGUCCCUGGCCAGAUCGUCGAGAUCUCAAACCCGAACGACGAUACGUAUGGUUCCGUUGCAUUGAAACAGAGAUGUAGCGAACGAGGUGCGUAUGUUACUGUUGCCAGCGUCGAGUUUUGGAAUGCCGCCAACGAGAUCUUACUCUGCUUAUGGAGCCGGGCAACUCCAACCAGCAAGAGCAUCGCAUUACCACUCCGCUUUACGUAUCACCCCGAGGCUAGCAACGCUCCCAUUCGUGAGCUUCUGGACCAUCGCAACGAGAGGAUCAGGAAAUUCUUCUGGAAGACGUGGUUUGGAGACGACCAAUCAUACGAUUCGAGCGCCUGUGUUUCGACGAUUUUUGCAGGGGAUGAAGUUACGAUCACUCCAGAAUCAGUCCGAACCUUUGCUAACGCAGUUGGAUAUCCGGAGUCCUCGAUAAGCCGGGGAGAUGAAGAUAUAACAAUCCCAAUUGACUAUGCUAUCGUAGUGGCAUGGAAAGCCAUCACAAAGCCCUUGUUCUGCGAGACUCUGGAUGGCAAUCUUUUGAAUCUUGUUCACCUGUCUAACGAGUUCAAGAUGGUACCUGGUGCAGACCCACUGAAGGUAGGAGAGACCGUUCUCUCGAUGUCUAGGAUUACAGCAGUUGUCAAUCAAGACUCGGGUAGAAUGGUCGAGGUCCAAGGAACGGUCCUUCGUCAGAACGCUCCAGUGAUCGAAGUGGUCUCUCGCUUUCUAUUCCGCGGCGUGUUCAAGGACUUCUCGGGUACCUUUGAAACCAAGCAGGAAGCCCCCUUUGAAGUCCGCUUAGAUGGUCCAACGUACGUUGCAAUCCUGACUUCGAAGCCAUGGGUAAGCCUGGAUCUGGAGGAUCCCGAGACCGAGCUCCUCAACAAGGAUUUAGAGUUCCGUCUCUCUAGCACAAGCUAUUUCAAGGACAAGAAGGAGUUUGAGAUUGUCAAAUCAACCGGUGAUAUCAUGAUGCGGCUCCAGAGCAAGAAUGCCGUUAAGAUCGGGACUGUGAAAUACAGCGCCGGAGUCUCGCGCAGCAACCCUGUUUUGGAUUACCUCCACCGCCAUGGUACUCCAAUCGCUCAAACAAUCCCUCUCAAGAAUCCCAUCCCGAUCGAGACUGGAGGGACUGGCUACCUGAUAGCCCCAUCUUCAAAUGAAAUCUAUGCCGAUGCUUCUGGAGAUACCAACCCAAUCCAUGUCUCACCCGUGUUUGCUCAAUACGUCAAUCUGCCAGGAACCAUCACGCAUGGGAUGUGGACGAGCGCUGCUGUUCGUAAGCUCCUAGAGGAGUCUGAUGAUCACGCUGGUAGGGUGCGGAGCUGGAGUGUGAAAUUCGUGGGCAUGGUCCUACCCAAUGACACGAUCCAAGCCACCUUCCACCACGUAGCCAUGGCCAAGGGCCGGAAAGUGAUCAGGGUCGAAGCUCGAAAGGUCGAUACGAACGAGCUAGUCUUGACGGGAGAAGCAGAGGUCGAGCAACCCCUGACUGCUUAUAUCUUCACCGGUCAAGGGUCCCAACGGAAGGGGAUGGGCAUGGAUCUGCGAGAGAGUAGCGCAGCAGCACGAACUGUCUGGGACCAAGCAGACAGCUACUUCACCGAAACCUACGGCUUCGCAUUGACGCACAUCAUCCAGAAUGACCCGCGAGAACUCACGAUCCACUUCGGUGGUCCCAAAGGAAAGCGCAUCCGCCAGAACUACAUCUCCCUAACUCAAACCACGCUCCUCUCCGACGGCACGCCGCUCACCACCCGUCUCUUGCCCACCAUCACCCCCUCGUCCCCCUCCUACACCUUCCGCUCCCCUCAGGGCUUGCUCUCCGCAACGCAGUUCACCCAACCCGCACUUACCCUCAUGGAACUCGCCCUCUUCCAAGACAUGUCCUCAAAAGGACUCAUCCAAGAAAACAGCCUCUUCGCCGGGCACUCCCUCGGCGAAUACGCCGCGCUCGCCGCUCUAGGCGGCCACCUCUUCCCCGUCGAGAUCUUCGCCGCCGUGACCUUCUACCGCGGUCUCGCCAUGCAGAUGGCGGUGCCGCGCGACGCCGCCGGGCGCAGCGACUACACGAUGUGCGCCGUGAACCCGAGCAAGAUCUCUUAUUUCAGCGCAUCCCAGCUCCAGGACCUCGUAUCCCAGAUCGCGGAAGCGACGGGGGAGUUGCUCGAGGUGGUCAAUUUCAAUAUUGAGAAUCUACAGUAUAUAUGUGCUGGCUCGCUCACCUCUCUCUCGCUCUUAUCAUCCAUCACCUCGCAUUUGCUCGCGCACCCUCUUGAAUCCCCCCCGUCUCUCGCCACAUUCACACCCCUCCUAAAGCACUACCUCGCGCAUCCGCAACCCUACACGCGCAACGCAGCCCUAACCCCGCUCCCGCAGAUCGAUGUCCCAUUCCAUUCUUCGGCGCUGCGCGGAAGCAUCCCGGCCUACCGCGCCUUUCUCGAGUCGAUGAUCUCGCGAGAGACGGAUCUGCAGCCUUUGGAGGGGAGGUGGGUGGCGAAUAUUACGGGGAGGAGGUUUUGCAUUGCAGAGGGGAUGGGGGUGGUUGUGUGA